GGCAGGAAAUCGGCAGGGAAGGUGGCAAGAGAGAGAGAAGGAGGGGAUGUGUGUUUGUGACCUCCUGAUGUGGAAAGAGCUGUCUGCACUCUAGACAAACUAGGAUUCAGUGUCAAAUGUGAUGAGGAAGCCAUUUCCCUCCCUUUCAAUUUGUGGGAACCAGAGAGAAGCAAGUUUCCAAUAUCCCUGCAAACAGUGAUGCAGAGCCCCAUGCUGAUCUCUAUAUUUGCAAGAGUUGACUCUUCAUUUCUAAUAUUGUCUUGGGCUCCUGUUUGAUGGAACUAGAACAUUAUGGGUUGCUGCUGCAGUGACUAUGAUGAAGGUUGGGACGAGAACAUUGAGAUUUGUGAGAUGUGCCACUACCCUGUUGACCCAGCCACCAAGUCCCAGAGGCUGACUUCAAAUGGUUCCGAGAUGUGCAAUCCACUGAUACCUUGUGAAAUGGUUCCACCUCCCAGUUCACCUCUUCAAGAUAAACUGGUGGUUGCAUUGUACGAUUAUGAAUCAACGCAUGAUGGGGAUCUGGUGCUCCGGAAAGGGGAACAGCUGCGGAUACUGGAAGAGACCGGGGAGUGGUGGAAAGCUGAGUCUCUCAUCACCGGGCGAGUUGGCUGCAUUCCAUGCAACUUUGUUGCCAGGAUGAACACUCUGGAACAAGAGCCCUGGUUUUUCAAAGCUCUCACCAGGAAGGAUGCCGAACGGCUGCUCCUGACCGCGGGGAACACACACGGUGCUUUCCUCAUCCGGGAGAGUGAAUCCACCAAAGGUUCCUUUUCUCUCUCCGUUCGUGACUUUGACCAGAACCAGGGAGAAGUGGUGAAGCACUAUAAGAUCCGCAAUAUGGACAAUGGCGGCUUCUACAUCUCCCCUCGCAUCACCUUUGACAGCCUGCACCAGCUGGUGGAGCAUUAUAUGUGCAACACGGAUGGGCUUUGCACCCGCCUUGGCAAGCCCUGCCAGACCCAGAAGCCGCAGAAGCCUUGGUGGCAGGAUGAGUGGGAGGUGCCUCGGGAGAGCCUCAAGCUGGUGAAGAAACUGGGAGCCGGGCAGUUCGGAGAGGUCUGGAUGGGUUACUAUAAUGGCCACACAAAAGUUGCCGUCAAGAGUCUCAAGCAAGGCAGCAUGUUGCCUGAGGCCUUCCUAGCCGAAGCUAACCUGAUGAAGAAACUGCGGCAUCCGCGGCUUGUGAGGCUCUAUGCCGUGGUCACCCAGAAGCCCAUGUACAUUAUCACGGAGUACAUGGAAAAAGGAAACUUGGUGGAUUUUCUCAAAGCUUCUGAAGGCAUCAAACUGACCAUUUAUAAACUGCUGGAUAUGGCAGCACAGAUAGCAGAAGGAAUGGCCUUCCUCGAGAAGAAGAAUUUUAUCCAUCGGGACCUACGAGCUGCCAACAUCUUGGUGUCAGAGACGCUCUCGUGCAAGAUUGCUGACUUUGGUCUGGCCCGGCUUAUAGAGGAUGACGAGUACACAGCUCAAGAGGGAGCAAAAUUCCCCAUUAAGUGGACAGCCCCAGAGGCCAUUAAUUUUGGGACGUUCACCAUCAAAUCAGACGUUUGGUCAUUCGGGAUCUUGCUCACCGAGAUCAUCACUUAUGGCCGGAUCCCUUACCCAGGAAUGAGCAAUCCAGAGGUCAUCCAGAACUUGGAGCGUGGCUACCGAAUGCUGCCACCUGACAACUGUCCGGAAGAGCUGUACAAGCUGAUGUUGCAGUGCUGGACGGAGAACCCAGAGCAACGGCCCACGUUUGAGUUCCUGAAAGGUGUCUUGGAGGACUUUUUCACUGCCACUGAAGGACAAUAUGAACAGCAGGUGUGAUGAUGGACCACAAAGAAGGAUCCUGAGCAGUAUGAAGAGAUCUGCCCCCUCCACCAGUCAUUUUGUAACAAAAAGCACCUCAUAAACUUUGAGGGGCCUGAGGCACCCAGACCUCCGAUGAAACAGUCCCCUUUGAGAUUUAGAAGCCUUGCCUCCUAAUCCCUGUUGGGGAGAGAUUGGGGUGGCUGCAGGGGAGACAGUUAUUGCUCAUAUUAUUUCACAUUUUCAAGGCUAAAUCCUGGUAACCUGUGACUCAAAGCUGUGACUUCCUUUCACCCUCGUAAUCGAUUCUUAGGUUUUGUUUGUAGUUUUUAAGAAGAGGCUCAGCCCUACCAGGAAGAAAUAAGCAGUGACUGGAGCACCCACCUAAUAAUCUCAUAUGCAGUCAUGUAGUACUGUUUGCUGCCCAGGGCAGAGACCUGCCCACUUUUUUAAAUUUGUUUUGCUUAUGUUACUCUGUAAAGUGCCAUACAUAGUAAUGGUGCUGUAUGAAUAAUUAACAAGCAAAAUAAAAGUACUUAUUAGCAAGAAGGCACUCUGCCUGUGCUCAGAAGCACUUGUUUCUCUCUCUGACUACCAUGGAGCAUGUUCCAAAGCUGAGCACUGGCAAUAAUUACAUGUUCAGGGGUUGAUCCUGGAUGAGCCCCUAGCUCAGUCUAAGGACUCCUGCUCUGGAAUGAGUAGAUAGUAAAGAUACUCUAUUACUGUGCAAAGAAACAGCAGGUUUCACUCUGAAUUUUUGGCUCUUGCAGGAAAAGACAAUGGCAAAGUGCAAUCCAUGUG